UCCUACUGGAGUAAGUCUCCGCCCCGUGAGAAACAUUUCUGUCACAAAACGCUACACUUAUAUGCCGCAUUUACAGCCGGGACAAAAUACGUAAGCAUAUAACUGAGGGGCGGAAAAAGAUAGUUUUAUGUGAGUUAUAAUGUGUGUUUUCUAUUAUACUACUUGGAAGCAAUUUUGAGUAUAGAGACAGGGCUAAAGCGAAUGAAGUUUGUCUCAGCUGUCUCCGGCUAUACAAGGUCACAUGACCGGAAGCAGCAUGGGCGCCUGGAAGGUAGAAGCACAAGGAGUCAGGCUGUGAUGGGAAGUGUUUCCUGCUGCUGUAAUCCAAAUCAUGGCUACUCAGGGAGUACUGGCCAAGUAUCGACUACCACCCUUACCAACCAUUGGGGAAAUCAUCAAACUUUUUAACCUACGGGCAGAAAAGCAGCUAUCUCAGAAUUUUCUCCUAGAUCUAAAACUUACAGAUAAAAUUGUGAGGAAAGCAGGAAAUUUACAAAAUGCUUACGUGUGUGAGGUUGGCCCUGGCCCUGGAGGGAUCACAAGAUCAAUUCUUAAUGCUGGAGUUGAAGAGCUUCUGGUGGUGGAAAAAGACACCCGGUUUAUCCCUGGCCUUAAGAUGUUAAAUGAAGCAUCAAGUGGCAAAGUGCAAAUUGUUCAUGGUGAUAUUCUCACAUACAGGAUGGACAGAGCAUUUCCCAAACAUCUUAAAAAACCCUGGGAUGAUGAUCCCCCAAAUGUACAUAUAAUUGGGAAUCUGCCCUUUAGUGUCUCAACUCCUCUGAUCAUUAAGUGGUUGGAACAGUUAGCAGACCGGACUGGUCCAUUUACAUAUGGAAGAACACAGAUGACUCUAACUUUUCAGAAAGAAGUUGCGGAGCGCCUGACAGCAAGUACAAGCAGCAAGCAGCGCAGUCGGCUCUCCAUCAUGGCCCAGAACCUUUGCAAUGUAAAGAACUGUUUCACUAUUCCUGGCCGUGCCUUUGUUCCAAAGCCUGAGGUUGAUGUUGGAGUUGUGCAUUUCACCCCUUUCAUACAACCGAAAAUAGAACAGCCAUUCAAGGUGGUGGAAAAAGUCGUCCGGAGCGUCUUCCAGUUCCGACGGAAAUACUGCCACCAUGGAGUUUCAAUCUUAUUUCCAGAAGAAAGCCGCUUAAAAUGUACAGAACAGAUGCUAAGGCUAGCCGAUGUGGAUCCGACGUUGCGUCCAACUGAACUGACCAUGACACACUUUAAAAAACUCUGCAAUGUGUACAGGGAGAUGUGCGACCAGAAUCCCAAUUUGUUUGCUUACAACUUCAGAGAGGAGCUUAGAAUGAGAAAACUGCAGGGCAAAACCACAGAGGAAGGGGAAGAGGAUGACUUGCAGCGAUAAACAGAGCCCCGAUCACACCUAUUUGCUCAUAUACAUGGUGUUUUCCUUUAUACAGGUCAGUUGGAUUUAAAGCUACAGGAUUUUAUUACAUCGGCCUAAUUUCUGUUAGGUAUGGGUAUAAAUUACCAUUGCAGUGCUUUGCUCUCAAUUUAUACAUGAGCUCAGGUUAUUUUUGAAAACAUUACUUAGAUUUUCAGUAGACAAUGUCAAACUGCUGGUGAUAAGGUUAUAGGAAACUUAAGGGGACCUGUCACCCUAAGAAAUAAUUUCAAAUUCUUUUCAGUUGUGUUUGGCAAGCUAAAUAAACUUCACUUACACUAUGCAAAUAAUAUAAAUCGUGUGUCCUUCAGUCUUGGAAUUCACAAUAACAGCAAGCAGGUGGGUGCCAUUUUGUGGACAUUGUUAGUAAGGCUUUACAUAAUACCAAAAUCUUGUUUAUGUGCCAGAUUGAGGGGCCUGAUGCACAUGCCCAUUCACUGGCUUCACAAAUAAAUUGAGAGGUGGGAGGGGGAAAGUGAAAAUAAUUGUCUGCCCCACCUUUAUGCCCACCUUUAAGGCUUAGAGGCAAGGGAGGCAAUAGAUAAUUGACAGCUGGGAUUUUAAAUACCUAUAUAAUGGGUAUGGAUGUAUUAA